GCCGCGCGGCGCGGGUGCGCAGAGCGCGGAAGCGGCGGCGGCGGCGGCGGCGGCGCGACCCCGGCCGGGAGCGAGCGGGCAGAGGCCCGCGCGGAGCGGCUGCCGGACGCCUCGGGUGCCGGGGCGGGCGGACCAUGGACCGUGCGGCGGGCGCCGUCCUCGGGAUGCUCUUUCUUUUGUCUGCUCGGCCGUGGAGCACGGCGGCGGCAGGGAGCCCUUAUAGCUGUGACGCCCCGCUGGCAUCCACCUUGCCUCGAGCGUCCUUCAGCAGCUCCUCGGAGCUGUCCAGCAGCCACGGCCCUGGGUUUGCAAGUCUUAAUCGCAGAGAUGGGGCUGGUGGCUGGUCUCCACGCGUGUCAGAUAAAUACCAGUGGCUGCAGAUUGACCUCGGAGAGAGAAUGGAGGUCACAGCUGUGGCCACCCAGGGAGGAUACGGGAGCUCCGACUGGGUGACCAGCUACGUCCUUAUGUUCAGUGAUGGCGGGAGGAACUGGAAGCUGUAUCGGCGAGAAGAAAGCAUCUCGGGUUUUCCAGGAAACACAAACGCAGACAGCGUGGUACAUUACAGACUCGAGCCUCCCUUCGAAGCCAGGUUCCUGCGCUUCCUCCCCGUAGCCUGGAACCCUAAGGGCAGGAUUGGGAUGCGGAUAGAAGUGUACGGAUGUGCAUACAGAUCUGAGGUGGUUAAUUUUGAUGGAAAGAGCUCCUUGAUAUACACAUUGAAUCAGAAAUCCGCGAGUCCAACAAAAGAUGUCAUUUCUUUGAAAUUUAAGACCAGGCAGACCGACGGGAUUCUACUCCACCGAGAAGGACAAAAUGGCAAACACGUCACCCUGGAGUUAGUUAAAGGAAGACUCAUCUUAUCCCUUAAUUCAGGCCAUGCUAACCUGCCGUCCCCUGACGCCCGUGUGACCCUCACCCUGGGCAGCCUGCUGGACGACCAGCACUGGCAUUCUGUCCUCUUGGAGCUCCUGAACGCACACGUCAACUUCACCGUGGACAGGCACACGCAGCAUUUCCAGGCAAAGGGCGGGUCCCGCUAUUUGGAUCUUGAUGAUGAGAUCAGCUUCGGAGGGAUUCCCGGACACAGAAAAUCAGUGGUGUUCCCACAUAAAAACUUUCACGGCUGCUUCGAAAACCUCUAUUAUAAUGGAGUGGAUAUCAUUGAUUUGUCCAAGAAACGCAAACCGCAGACCCUCGUCGUGGGAAAUGUGUCUUACUCGUGCUCACACCUUCAGAUUGUCCCUGUGACUUUUCUGAGUUCCAGCAGCUACUUGGCUCUCCCGGGUGCCUCUGGAGAGGACAAAGUGUCAGUCGCUUUCCAGUUUCGGACGUGGAACAGAGCAGGGCUGUUGCUGACCAGUCAGUUAAAACACGGGUCGGGGGCUCUUGUCCUUGUUCUAAAUGAUGGAAAACUCAAGCUGAGUCUCUCCCAGCCCGGACAUCCAUCGAGGGAUAUCACAGCAGGUGCUGGAUUAAGUGACGGGCAGUGGCAUUCGGUGUCCUUAUCAUUGAAAGGAAGUCACCUGAGUGUGAUGGUGGAUGGCGAGGCGGCCUCCGUGGCUCAUUCCUUGCGUGGACGGAUUGAUUCCGGGGACACCUAUUAUUUGGGCGGCUGUCCUGACAGCGUCUCUGGCUCUGGAUGUGGAGGUCCCCUGGGCGGCUUUCAGGGCUGCCUGAGGCUCAUCUCCGUUGGCGACAAGGCGGUGGAUCCCAUCACGGUGCAGCAGGGGGCGCUGGGGAGUUUCCGUGACCUCCAGAUAGACACAUGCGGCCUCACAGACAGGUGUUUGCCCAGCUAUUGUGAACACGGGGGCGAAUGUUCCCAGUCCUGGGACACCUUCUCCUGUGACUGUGCGCACACUGGCUACCUGGGCGCGACCUGCCAUUCCCCGUUGUACGAGCAGUCCUGUGAAGCCCACAAGCACAGAGGAGACUCUUCAGGGCUCUACUAUAUCGAUUCCGAUGGAAGUGGCCCUCUGGAACCUGCUCUCGUAUAUUGCAACAUGACAGACACCACCGGGACCUCAGUGCAGCACAAUGGCUCACAUCUGGCCAGGGUCAAAAGCUCGGAUGGAGAAAGCCCCCACCCUGUGGCUUUCAAGUACACAGCCAGCAUGGACCAGCUCCAAGCCAUAAUCGACCGUGCGGACCAUUGCCAACAGGAGCUGGCCUUCUACUGCAAGAAGUCAAGGCUUUCGGCUCGCCAUGAUGGAACCCCAGUGAGCUGGUGGGUUGGAAGAACCAAUGAAACACACACUUACUGGGGAGGUUCUCUGCCUGAUGCUCAAAAAUGUGCUUGUGGAUUACAGGGGAACUGCCUUGAUUCUCAAUAUUACUGCAACUGUGAUGCUGACCGGAAUGAAUGCAAAGCUAUUGGGCUGAACCAUUUGAAAUGGCUGAUUGUUUCGACUUGCAAAAUUGUCAGUUUCAAGUGCUUCCAUUUGUACCUAGAAGAGACCAGCGACACAAUAGUCCUUUCCCAUAAGGAGCACCUGCCGGUCAUUCAGGUUGUGAUGAGAGACACAGGCCGACCACAUUCAGAAGCCGCGUAUGCGCUGGGGCCUCUGCUCUGCUGGGGGGACAAUUCAUUUUGGAACUCAGCUUCCUUCAACACGGAGACUUCAUACCUUCAUUUCCCUACAUUCCGCGGAGAGUUCAGUGCUGAUGUGUCUUUCUUUUUUAAGACAACAGCUCCUUCUGGGGUGUUUGUAGAGAACCUGGGGAUCACAGACUUCAUCAGGCUAGAGCUACAUGCUCCCUCGGAAGUGACCUUUUCCUUUGAUGUGGGGAACGGACGUUGUGAGGUCACGGUGCGGUCGCCCACCCCCUUUAAUGACAACCAGUGGCACCACGUGAGGGCAGAGAGGAAUGUGAAGGAAGCGUCGCUUCAGGUGGACCAGCUCCCCAGCGAGACCCAAGCUGCACCUGCCGACGGGCACGCGCGGUUGCAGCUCAACAGCCAGCUCUUCGUGGGUGGGACGGCCACCAGACAGAGAGGCUUCCUGGGAUGCAUUCGGUCGCUGCGGCUGAACGGGCUGGCCCUGGACCUGGAAGAAAGAGCGACAAUGACGCCGGGCGUGGAGCCAGGGUGCCCGGGACACUGCAGCAGCUACGGACACCUGUGUCGCAACGGAGGGAGAUGCAGAGAGAGACACAGGGGCAUCGCUUGUGACUGCACCUUCUCUGCCUACGACGGGCCAUUCUGCGAAAAUGAGAUUUCUGCAUAUUUUGGAAGCGGUUCGUCCGUUAUCUACAACUUUCAAGAACAUCAUAAUCACACCUUUGGUAAGAACGCCAGCUCCUUGGCGGCUUUAUUUCAUGAGGAUCUGACGCUGACUGGAGAAAUGGCCACACUGAGCUUCCGGACCACAGGGGCCCCCAGCUUACUUCUCUACGUGAGUUCCUUCUACGAAGAGUACCUAUCAGUUAUCCUCGCCCCCAAUGGAAGUUUGCAGAUCAGGUAUAAGCUGGACAGAAACCAGGCACCUGACGUUUUUAACUUUGGUUUUAAAAACCUUGCCGAUGGGCAGUUUCACCAAGUGAAGAUUCACAGGGAAGCGGCCAUGGUCUCUGUAGAGGUUAACCAGAAUGCAAGGAGACAAGUUAUCCUGUCAUCGGGGACGGAAUUUAACGCUGUCAAAUCCCUUAUGUUGGGCACAGUUUUAGAGCCCCCCGGCGCGGACCCGGACACGCUGCGGGCCGGCGCGCGCGGCUUCACCGGCUGCCUCUCGGCGGUGCGCUUCGGCCCCGCCGCUCCGCUCAAGGCCGCGCUGCGCCCCGGGGGCCCCGCCCCGGUCACGGUGCGCGGCCACGUGGCCGCCGCGGCCCGCUGCGCGGAGGGGGCGGGGCCCGGAGCCCCGGCGCGGGAGGCCACCCGCCCGCUGGCAGGUGGCGCAGGUGGCUCUGGACCAACGGACGGGGGACAGCCCUUAGUUACUGCUGACGGAAGGGACUCCGCCGUCAUCGGAGGUAACAGGGCUGUGAAUGACCCGGGCCCUGGCGUCGUUGUCACCGUUGGCCGGAUCCAAAAAGCGUCUGUGGGGAUCCGCGCUGUUGUUCCAGGUGUGAUAGCCGUUGUGAUAUUUAUCUUGCUCUGCAUCACGGCCAUAGCUAUACGCAUUUACCAACAGAGAUGGUUGUACCACAAAAAUGAAUCGAAUAUUCCAAAACACGGAGACAAUGCCGAGACCGCUCUGAGAAGUGAGCUCAAUCUGCAAAGUACAGUCAGUGAAAGCCAGAAGGAGUAUUUCUUCUGAUGGGCAGUAGAGGCUCACUCAUGCAUGGCCCUGGUGACGCGACUUUUCGGGCUGAGCCAGGGGCUCCCAGGGGAUGACGCCCCCUCUUGUCCUCUUGGGACAGACGGUGGCCGUGGGGCGCUGUCAGCUUGCUCGUGUGUGGCCCCAGGAGGCCCUGCUCAGUGCUGCUUCAUGAUCUAUUGAUGUAAAAGUGACUUCGGUGUGCUCAUUAAUCACUGUGUGGCAGUUUCUGACUGUUCUGACCUGAUCUUUGAAAAUUCAAAUGUAUUUUGCAUAAUGACUCUGGGUGUUAAGUGAGGGCAAGGAUUUGAGCUGUGGCUCUACUCGCUUAAGACGGAGACACAGACGUUUAUAAAAGUCAGAGUUGGACUCUGAUGUGCGUUGUGUGGAGGUCUGUAUUUUGCUUCCCUUAUCGAUCACCUGCUGACACUUGUAAAGCAGGAAGUGUUUCUCAGAUGGUGUUUGAGUGGUUUCCAUCUUCCUGCACACCAGAGCCUGGUGGCCAAAAAUGCAUUCGAGACUUGGAAAAGAACAUUUUUUGGCUGCUUGUUUUUACUAUUUGUCUCUUUUAAGUCCGUUUGCAUACGUUUUAGUGACGAAGUGCAUCUUGAAUGUCAGCUACGAAAUUCUAGUCUUCUGUUCAUUUAUGGAACAGAAAAAUGCAUAGGUAGCAAAGUGUGUAAAGCAUUCUGAUCUGCAAUAUUUGCUUAUUUUAUUCUGUAACUGCUCAUUUUAAUCUUUGUAAAUUAUGAUAAAGAUGACCUCAUGAUCUCCCCCAAAACAUCUAUUUUCUAACUAAACCUGUGCCCAGGUAUGAACUCUAUAUUUAACACUGCAAAUGUAUCCUUCACCCGUUUCAUUUAAAUGAAAUAUAAUCUUGAAUUUAUUUCCUUCAAAUGUGGGGUGAUUAGGUCACUAUUAUUUGUUGUCCUGUGGUUCCCUUUUUUCUGAGGUGGUCACAACAAUCUGGUUUCUUACGACUGUCUUUUCAUUUACUAGGGAAGAGUCACAAUUUGGAACUAAAGCUCUCCAUUUCUUUUUCUAAAUCCUGAACUGAUCCAGGCAAACCCUGGAUUCCCCGAAGGUGGAAGGAUGCUUUUGCGAAGGGAGGGCGCGGGCUGUAGGAUCUGAGUUGAAUCUGGCGUUCUGCUCAAGCAUCUGGGAUCUCGGGGUCCGCUUCCAUUAGAGGCCCCCAAAUCGACCAGCUCAUUUCAUAGUAGGGUAUAUUUGCAUCCGAGGGGAGCAAAGAACGUACACGAACCGCGGGAACCGUGCCAGGAACUCCUUUCGUGGCAGUGGUCACGAAAUGACUGUGUGCAGCCCACCAUUUGCACCCAACAGCCAGUUACACAAAUGAUGUGCCGCCCUCUUCAGAUGCCACUUGGCCACGUGCCUGCUGGGAAUCAGAUUGCUCCCUUUGACCCCAAUGGGACCACCUGGGACUAUACACAUUUAGCCUUGCUAUUACUUUUGAGCGCACACCUACUUUUCUGUGAUUUUUUUUAAAGAAUAGAAACAGUCUCUAUACUAAGUCUUUUCUCAAGAAAACCCCUUUUUUUGUUUCUUAGGGUUUCAUAUUAGUUUUCUAUGAGGUGUAACAAACCACCACAAUGUAGUGGUUUAACGCGACACAUGUUUAGUGUCUCACUGUUUCUGUGGAUCAGGAGCUAGGCAUGGGUUUUCUGUUUCCUAAAAAAGCUGUAAUGAAGUGUCAGCCCGGGCUGUGUUCUCAUCUGGAGACUCAGCUAGGGAGUCCUCGUUCUUAACGGUUAUUGACGACAUUCCGUUCCGUAGUUCUGGAAGAUUCACGGAAGCCUGCUUCUGUUCAGGGCUAGCAAGAGAGAGAGCUACUCUAGAGGAAGUCUGCAAAUACGAGGGAGUUUUAUGGAACAUAAAAUGAUGAUGGGAGUGACAGCCCAUCUCCUUUGCCAAAUUCUGUUGGUUGAAAGCAAGUCACAGGUCCUGCCCACGCUCAAGAGGAGGGGUUUACGUAGGACUUGUAACCGGCAGGCUGAGAUCAUGGGGUCCCUUUAAAGUCACUCUCUACACUACUAUAUCUUUAUUGAAGUUUCUUUAAGUGAGCGAUGAAGGAUUUUCGGGAUCUCAACAUAGUAAUACAUGAGAAACCUACCUUGGUGAAUGGUAUCCGUACCUUUCACCCAAAAGGUCUGCGCAGGUCGGGGAAGGAUUCAACGCAAAAUCGUGGGCCCUGUUGCUUCUACGGAAUGCAUAGUUGAAUGUGAACAUCCUGAAAUCGUUGCAACUUUAACAGAUGAUCAUGUUGAGUUCCAAGAGAAUUCAUCACUUUGGUAGCUGGAAUUUUACAGAUUUAUAGAUAGGGCAAUCCGUUGUACUCUGCUCUCUUUUUAAAAGAGAAAACAAAAUGUUUCUACCAAAUUGCGGUGAUGUAUAAUCCACUUUACCGAUUUGUAAACGUCAACCUGCUUAUUUGUUAAUAAAAUAACGUUUUUGAAUUAAAUUAGGAAAAUAUUUUUAAGAGAAAUUGACUGGAAUUUGAAUUGUGAAUUAUAUUGUUUUUUCCCCUAAUCUAUUAAAAAAUGUGCAAAUGUC